AAAAUAAAGAGAGUGGGUGUAUAUCACUCUUAUAUUAUAGUAGUGGGAAUAUGACAAGUUAUCAUCCUAAAAUUCUAAUCUUGAUUUCACUGUAGACACCCAAUGAUACAUAAGCUAAUAACACUAACAUAUUUAUAUAUAAUAUCUGUAUCUAUAUGGAUACCAUUAACUCCCUUUUCCAGCUUACCCACAUAGAAUUAUAUAUAUGUAUAUAUAGUGUAUGUGUAUAUGUGCAGUGUAAAUUAUAUUAAGUUGAUGGUGCACACCCCAGAUUAUAUUUUUUUUGGGUAAUAUCAAGAACUGUUAAUAGUAUAGUAGGAUUUUUCUUUCAUUGAUUUGAUUCAAGAUUGAAUCUUGAUAAGACUUUCUUCAAGUAGAGCUGAGAAAUUGAGCUGUUGGCUAUUAAGUCCAUGCACAAUGAAUUCUUCAACAUACACUCAGUUCGUUGCCUCAAGAAGGAUGGGUAUAUGCGAUCCGAUGCAUCAAUUGGGCAUGUGGGAUGAUUUCAAUAGUAGUUGCCCUAAUACAGCGGCAACCAUGAUUUUUGAAGUUGAGAAAUGCCUGGAGGACCAGAUACCGAUGAUGGAUAAAAGACUAGACAAUGAGACAGAAGAUACUUCGCAUGGAACAGUAGGGACUUCUAGUAGAUAUGAAGCCGAAACAAGUAAACCGAUCGAGAAGGUACUUAGACGUCUUGCACAAAACCGUGAGGCUGCUCGUAAAAGCCGUUUGCGGAAGAAGGCCUAUGUUCAGCAGUUAGAAAAUAGUAAAUUGAAGCUGAUUCAAUUGGAACAAGAACUAGACCGGGCCAGAAAACAGGGUCUGUAUGUAGGUGGCGGUUUAGAUGCUAGCCAGCUAAGUUACUCUGGAGCUGCUAGCUCAGGAACUGCUGCAUUUGACACGGAGUAUGGUCACUGGGUGGAAGAGCAAAAUAGACAAACAAAUGAUUUACGGAAUGCUCUGCAUUCUCAAAUUGGUGAAGCGGAAUUGCGCAUUAUUGUUGACGGUUGCCUGAACCACUACUUUGAUCUCUUUCGCGUGAAAGCUACGGCUGCUAAAGCUGAUGUCCUAUAUAUCAUGUCUGGCAUGUGGAAGACAUCAGCAGAACGCCUUUUUAUGUGGAUUGGGGGGUUUCGGCCAUCCGAGCUUCUAAAGGUUCUCACACCACAUCUCGAACUCUUGACAGAACAACAACUUCGGGAUGUUUGUAACCUCACCCAAUCGUGUCAGCAAGCAGAAGAUGCCUUGUCGCAAGGAAUGGUAAAACUCCAUCAGAUUCUUGCUGAGGCCAUUGCAGCUGGCCGACUAGGUGAAGGAAAUUACUCUCUUCCGCAGAUGGGGCCUGCCAUCGAAAAGCUGGAAGCUCUUGUUAGGUUCGUAAAUCAGGCAGAUCAUCUUCGCCAAGAAACACUCCAACAGAUGUCCCGCAUCCUGAAUACGCACCAAGCAGCUCAGGGCUUACUUGCCUUGGGGGAGUACUUCGAACGACUUCGCGUUUUAAGCUCACACUGGGCUGCUCGUUUUCGUGAGCCUGCAUAAUGAAGCCCGAGAAGAUCCUUUAUACACCGUUCUAGGAGUUUUGCCUUCAGAAAUGAUACUGUGUAGUGUAAGCUAAAAUCUACCACUUGUUCAAUAAAUCUUCUCAAUAUGAAUAUAUUAGUUGUACAUAUCCUCUGCUGUACCGUGACAUGGAACAUCGCAAUUGCAUUUUUCUUUUCAUUCACAUUGGUUUGGCUACUGUAAACCAAAAGGUCUGGAGGGGAUCUCGAAUUACUUGUCCAAUGUCCGAGGAAAGCUCACAUAAAUAUUUUGUGAUUUUUCCUCUGAUUCAAGACUCUAUAGUGGUAUUACGUUACCGAGCAACUUUUGAACGUGUUGGAGAUGAGAAAUUGCUGUAAAUAACAUACGUUGCGGAACAAUGGCAUUGCCAAUAUCAUGUUGUGAUUUCUCAUGAGAAUUAUGAAUUUUAAAGAUUUGCAUCUAAAUAUUUACCUUUA